ACUUGCUGUAACUUUUCUUUUCGCUUAUCCAUUCUUUCUGUUAACGUUUGAUUCGAAUGAGAACGUGGAGAGUAUGACUUUGAAAAACCUCAGAAACGAAUCACUACUCGAUAUCCGGGGCAAUGUCGAACCACAUUCAUCGUCGUCAAAGUGGUGGGAUAUCGUUGUUGGUUAGUUAUCUAUUUCGCUCGACUGUCACUGGAGACCUUUGAAUUACUGUAUUCAGUGGCUAAGAAAUUGUUUGUAUGAUAUUAGCAAACAGGACAGCAGUUGCCGCUUCCUGUGCUGCAGUGACAUCGGUUCUUUCUGGUUUUCCGUUUGAUUCGGUCAAGACACGAAUGCAAACGCAUCAUUAUAAUUCCCUGAUGGAAUGUGUAAAGAUAACCUACAAGGAGGAAGGUGCUCGAGGUUUUUUUCGAGGCAUGAUACCACCCCUGAUUACUGUCAGCGCGAUCAAAUCGGUAUCGUUUUCGGUCUAUGAAGGCACAAAGCACCGUCUGAAGCAUUAUCCGGGUCUCCAUGGCCAAACGCUCGGCUCAUUGACAACGCUCGCAUCGCUGAGCGGUGCAUCGAGCGGUGCCUUUAUUGCUGUGCUCAGCUGUCCACUCGAACUGAUCAAGAUCCAGCGUCAGCUCGAGCAAAUGAUUGCCAAGGAAAAGGGUCUGUCUACAGCAUCAUCAUCGUCCUGGAAUGCUGCACGACAGAUUGUUCAGAAAAAGGGCAUUUUCGGUCUGUGGAGUGGAUUGCGGUGUCACACGGUCCGGGAGACAAUGGGCACAUCCAUCUAUUUCGGUACCUACGAGACGGUCAAACGUGUGUUGAGUGGUAACCGGCCUGAUGCCAAGUCCAGCCCAAUGACGCACUUUAUGGCCGGUGGCAUGUGCGGUGUCUUGAGCUGGCUGAUUGUGUUUCCUGUCGACUUGGUCAAGAGCCGACUGCAGAAGCAGGUCAUGAUGGAUGACCCCAAAUACAAAUCCAUCCGUGCAUGCACCUUGGAUGUAGUACAGCGCGACGGUGUGCGUGGACUGUAUCGUGGCUUGAAUGUUACGUUGUUGCGCGCAUUUCCGAUUCAUUCCCUCCAGUUCCUGGUGCUGGAAUACGUAUACAGCUUGAUCCCUCUUAAAACCACUACUACUACAUAGAUCGUCCCACAUCCACGCUUUAUAUACAAUACAUAGACUCUUGUUUGUUUUCCGUUGUUCUUUCGUUUACUGUAAUUAUCGUCCUCCCCCCUAAAGUAAAUACCAACCUGUUUGUUUUGUUCUCUCGACUUUGGGUUGAACCCUGGCCAAGAUAACAGUGCCCCUCCAUCUUGUGCAUAGUUUUCCAAAAGAAGAAGGCAGCAGCU